GUCGCCACCACCCUCGCUUGCUUUCGCAUUUUUUCCAGGAGAGGCGUCAUGGGGCGGGUCAUCCGUGCUCAGAGGAAGGGUGCUGGUUCCGUUUUCAAGUCUCACACGCACCACCGCAAGGGUGCUGCGAGGUUCAGAAGCCUCGACUUCGGCGAGCGAAAUGGGUAUCUGAAAGGUGUGGUCACCGAUGUCAUUCACGACCCUGGUCGUGGAGCUCCUCUCGCCAAGGUUACAUUCCGCCACCCCUUCAGGUAUAAGAAGCAGACGGAGCUCUUUGUUGCUGCGGAGGGUAUGUACACUGGCCAGUUCGUUUACUGCGGCAAGAAAGCCUCCCUUGUGGUUGGUAACGUGUUGCCGAUCAGAUCCAUCCCCGAAGGAGCUGUUAUUUGCAACGUCGAGCACCACGUCGGUGACCGCGGCGUAUUUGCUAGGUGUUCUGGCGAUUAUGCUAUUGUUAUCAGCCACAACCCAGAUAACGACACUUCCAGGAUCAAGCUUCCAUCUGGUGCAAAGAAGAUUGUUCCCAGUGGCUGCCGUGCCAUGAUUGGGCAGGUGGCAGGCGGAGGGAGAACAGAAAAGCCCCUUCUUAAAGCCGGUAAUGCUUACCACAAGUUCAGGGUGAAGAGAAAUUGCUGGCCUAAGGUUCGUGGUGUGGCUAUGAACCCCGUGGAGCAUCCUCAUGGAGGAGGUAAUCACCAACACAUUGGUCAUGCAAGUACUGUCAGGCGUGAUGCUCCUCCUGGCCAGAAGGUCGGUCUCAUUGCUGCCAAGAGAACCGGUCGUCUUAGGGGGCAAGCUGCCGCAACUGCUGCUAAGGCUGAUAAAAGCGCUUGAGGAGAGUCCUAGAUUAUUGUUUAUUUGCAUUCUAGUAGAAAGACAAUAUAAUGCUGAAUUUUCAAUCAUGUUUCACAACCCCCAUUCUCAUAAUUUUAAGCUUUUCUCAACUUAAUGAUUCUAGAGUAAGCAAAAUUUUCAACCAAAAAAACUAGUAUUUAACUAUCCCAACAGUUAUCCUUUCAGGGGCAGCUUGCAUUUGCCUCGGGGCAGUAAGACUAAGACUGUUCUCUUUAAUUUAUUUGUAGCUUAAGGUGUCA